AUCGCUAGUUGUUGUUUUUUUCUCCAACCGGUCGAAUGUCAAAGUGUCGCGCAGCUAUGUAUUCUCGGUAAACAAAAUCGGUGAUAAGAUAUAUCUUCGUUCGGAAUAAACGAGGAGUCGCGCAAAGGUGUUGGCAAGAAAAAAUUUAAAGCGCGGCUUAAAGCUCGGCUUACGCGGUGUGUGCGAGUGUGUUGAGUGCGUCCGUGCCCUGCGUGUGUAUGCGUGUUGGCCGAAAAAAAAGAAGUUUUUCCGUUGCCAUAUUUUGUACACGGGUCAAAGGGCGCAGCAUCUUCGCUCUCUCCCGCUCUGGCUCGCUGGAAGGCAGCAGAAUUUUCGCAACUCCAGUUAUUGUGUAAACAGCAGGUGAAAUAAAACACACACACACAUACGGACGGAAGAAGGUGCAAGGAGUGGGAGGAAAGAGACUCCGCGCAGCCAAAAAGAAACACGAAAUAGUGACGCAUAGAGGUUGCUAAUUACGAGAGGCAUAUCGGUAUUGUAGUCGUCGCAUCAUCAGUAAUGGAGCUGGAGCCGCGUGUGGCCAUCCUGCAGGACCUGCGCCUGCAGACCUUCGACUCCAUCCGUUUCGCCUCCUAUCGCACAGCCUCCAAGCUGCGCUACAUACAAAAGUCCACGAAUCUGCAUCUAGUGGACAUAUGGAACGUUAUCGAGGCGUUCCGCGAGAAUGGCCUGAACACCCUGGAGCCGCAGAGCGAGGUUAGCGUGGCCAGGCUGGAGACGCUCGUAUCCUCGCUCUAUCACAAUCUCAACAAGCGCUUGCCCACCGCCCAGCAGGUGCCCGUGGACUCCAAGGCAGGUCUGCUGCUCAAUUGGCUGUUGGCUGCCUACACAAGUGAUAACUCGGGAAAAAUUCGCGUUUUCUCUAUCAAAGUGGCCCUGGCCACCAUGUGCUCCGGCAAGCUGGUGGACAAGCUCAGAUAUAUAUUCUCGCAGAUCUCGGAUGGCGCUGGCCAGCUGGUGGCCUGGAAACUGGGCGAAUUCCUGCGCGAGGUGCUGGCCCUGCCGGCGGCCGUGUACGAGUCGCCCACAUUCCACUACAAGGAGGGGCUCGAGGAGGAGAUCUUCCCGGCCGAGAACAAGGUGACGGUGAACGAUUUUAUGGCCACGCUUAUGUCUGAGCCGGGGCCGUCCUGUCUCGUCUGGCUGCCGCUGGUGCACCGGCUGGCCACUGUGGAGACCAUUGUGCAUCCGACUGUCUGCUCUGUUUGCCACAAGGAAAACUUCACCGGGUUUCGUUAUCGCUGUCAGCGGUGCCACGCCUACCAGUUGUGCCAGGAGUGCUUCUGGCACGGCAAGACAUCGCUGAACCACCAGAACGAUCACGAGGUCAAGGAGUACUCGAGCUACAAGUCGCCCAGCAAACAGAUCGGUCACUCGCUGCGCAAGAGCUUCCGCUGUGUGCCCGAGAAGACGGCGCAGGUGCUACCCCGCUUCCCCGACCAGCCGGAGAAGACGCUCAACCUAUCGCACAUCGUGCCACCCUCGCCGCUGCCCUCGCACAACGGCUUCUCGGACCCCUCGGGCCUCGUACCCGGCCACCACGGCGGACCCCAUCAGGGCCACCCGGGCCAGCACGGCCUGCCGCCGGGCCUCUUCGAUCGCUCCAGCACCCUCGACUCACGGGCCACCGGCCGCAGUUUGGACAGCGCCAGUGGCACUACAAUGUCUCGUGUGGCCGCCGCCUCCGCCAACGAUGAGGAGCACCGCCUAAUAGCCCGCUAUGCCGCCCGAUUGGCCCAGGAGAACCGAGCGCCCUCUAACUUGCCCGACAGUGCUACGCCCAUCGGCACCGACAACUCGCGGGCCCAGCGCGAGCUGAUUGCCCAACUGGAGUCCAAGAACAAGGAGAUAAUGCGGGAGAUAGCGCGCCUGAGGCGCCAGCAGGAGACAGAGCAGAUGGCACCGGAGAAUCCGGCGCUGAUCAACGAGCUGCGGGCCUUACGGCAGCGGAAGGGAGAACUCGAGGGACACCUGGGCGCCCUGCAGGACUCACGGCGCCAGCUGAUGGAGCAGCUGGAGGGCCUGAUGCGCAUGCUGAAGAACCAACAGACCGCCUCGCCCCGCUCCACGCCCAACUCGAGUCCACGCUCGGGGAAAUCCCCACCGAUGCCAGGCGGUGGAGGCGGAGGAGGUGGAGGAGGAGGAGCUGGUAUCCUCGGCACCUCACCGAUGAGUGCCUUGCACGCCCAGCAGAUGCAGCAGCAUCCGAUGUCCGGUGGCGUGCGAGCCGCCCAGCAGCAGCUUCUCCAGCAGCAACAGCAGCAGCAGCAGGUCCAUGGCCACGGACCCUUCAGCCAGAGCCAGCUGGAUCAGCUUAACCAGAUCAGCAGCGACAUGCGCAGCGCCUUCGCCGCCAACGGAAGUGCAACGCCACCGCCAAUGCGUAGCAGCACUGCCACUGCCAGUGCCACUGGCCAUGUCAGUGACAUUCCCAGCCUCAAUCCGAUUCCGAAUCCUGACGCGGAGCUCAAUGAGGCCGCCGACCAUCUAACGUCGGCCAUUUCCCACAUGGUCAGCGACCUGAAUGCAGAUUUCGACGAGUCUCAAUCGUAUAACCAAGAGUGGAACGAAAAGGCAAAUGCGAAUAGCCAAUGGCAGGAGCAGUUUGCCCAAUGGAGUCUUAAUUCGCAGAAGAACUAAGAAGACAUCGCGCCGCCAGUGGACCAGUAUACCAUGCCGGAGCACGAGGAGGACGAACUCUCGCUUAGCUUACACCUUACCUUAACUCAUAUAUACGUUGACUUAGAGCAAUUUAUUUAUUAUUAUUUUAUGAAGCCGUAGCCGUAGAUUUCUUCCUACGGGAUGUAUGAUUAUUUUACUGAAGCAAACAUGAAUAUGUAAGACUUGCAGUGGUACUGCAAACAUUUGAAUCUCGUUGAUCACUUCAAGAUACGUACACGUUCGUACUGCUAAUUGGCAAUAAGAGAGAUGUAUGGCGUUUUAAUUUUAGGUUUCUGCGACUUUGAAAUUCUCGGCUUUUAGAUUUUGUAAGUCCGCGCGGCCCGCGCUUAUUUAUUACCAGCAAAACUUAACAAAAAACCGAAAAUCAAACACGUACGUAUGCGUAAUACAAAUACGAUAUAGACAUUUACAUUACGUACUUAAACUUAAACUUAAACCUAAACUAGAAAGUUGUUGAGAGAACCGAAAAUCAAAUUCUAAAUUAAGGUUGGAGGAGCAUCGGGCUUUUAAACGUUUUUAUAUCGAUGCUUUUCCAGCUUUAAACGCUAAAACUUAUAUACACACACUUUGAGAUACGAUUGAAGCGAACAAAAAAAGAAAGUAAAUGAAAAAUAUUUGAGCCACAGUAAAAAAAAAACAAACCCAAUGUUAAACACUGAAAACUAAAACGUUCUCUGCGUUUCGAUUUAUACUUAAUCUCCAUUUAUAAUAUGCAUUCAUACCGCAAAAGUUAUACCAUAUAAUCGUAAAUGCAAAUAGAGCACGACGAGAUAUAGAGAGAAUCCGACAUUUAUAUAGAACGUAUACAUAAAUAACUACUGAAGAAUAUUAACAAAAAAGAUAAAACUAAAU